AUGGAAGACAAUUGGGAAGCAAUAUGUGAAGAUAUUCUAUCCUUGCAUAGGAAACUUCUAAACCAUCCUAAGCUAGAAAUGGAUUUCGAACGAGCAGCAAAAUUACGGCGUACUCAAGAUAGAAGAGAUCCUAAAGAGAACAAGUUGAACCAUGAACAGCGGGCAGUAAUAUUCAACACGGUAACGGAGUCAACAGAAAAAAAUGAGGGAGGGCUGUUCUUUGUUAAUGUUGCAAACAUGCCUUAA